UAUUUAGUAUUAAGUUCCCCCCACCCGUAACAAUCUACAUGUGGGCCAAAAAGUUGAACUUUGACCUCACCUGAUCAUAGCAUCUUCUUGUGUUUGGACCUGUGGCAAAUUUGAAUGCAACUUGUCAUCAUUUUCAUUUAACGGCUUCUUGCCUUUCUUCUGUGUUCCUUGGACAUAAUGAUGCUGUUUUUCAGUAAUAUUCUCUAAACAAAAGUACUGGGUUAUCAAAGAACACCUGACUUUAUUUUAUAAUAAGCUAAAUUUCGCACAGGUGGACUCAUAAUUCAUUGACUUAGCACUGCGUGUGGAUUGCAGAGGUUUUUAUCUUGGUGUGUCAGUUGUAUGAACAUAUUGGCAUGACAUUUGUUUUGUCAUUUGUUUGAGUUUUAGGAUGCCUUGGAAUUAAUAAAUUGGCAAAGCUAAUUUCUAUGUGAGGAGUUUUGUAGGUUCCCGCCCAGAAAUACUUUUUUUUUUGUUCUCCCUGUCUAACUGUUGCUCCGCUCAGGCUGUACAAAGGGCCUCGCAAGUGAUUUAAACUGGAGCUUUUAGCAGUCUGUUCGUAACGUAAAACGCCUAUUCAUGUUUCUGAUGCGAGUGCUGGACCCUGAACUGCACUGUACUCGGUUCUGACUGAAGAGCCCUGCAGGCGGUCUAUGUGCGAGCGCGGCGCUGUCUGUGGUGCUGAAAUCAGCAGCUUUCGAUUAGCGGAUAGACCGGUUUGCGGCAGAAUCACACGCUGAUGCCUGCUGUUAUUUACUCUGAUGAUGCGUUAUGUGAAUGAACCAGAUAAAGACGGACAGAGAGAGGCGGGCAAAGGGCGAUGGAGAUAGUUUUUCUUUUCUAUUUUAUUUUAAAUAUUUUAAUCCAAGGAUACAAAUAACAGCCAACACGUUGAAAGUAGCGCACCCUAAAUGACAACCGGGUCAUUUCAAUGCAGAAUGUGGGUUGAAAGUGAAACGAAUGACGCCAGUCCGUCCUUCAGUGAAACGGUGUUUGACUUCAAAUGCCAUAUAAAGGGAGAAGAAAGAAAAGAGGAUGAGGAAUAAACGCGCUGUCUCUUUGAGUGACUGUCUCGGGGACGAAUUGCAGCUUGUGAUCCAGGACAGACGCGCGGCGCGAAGAGCCAAUGGCGAUUAAGAGCCGCCGCACGCAACGAGCAGUGGACGCGGAGCCACUCCGGGUAUACCUCCGCGUCCGACGCAUGCUCGUGAGUAGGUUGAAUGGGACGAAACGGCGAGUGCGGAGAGUUAUAUAGGCGCGCUGUGAUGCGGUCCGCAUAUAUUCCCCGGCAGGACUAGCUUCUUUUAAAGACAGCCUCCUCUUCCGCGUCGCUUCCCACUCCAGUGAUGUGGCGUAUUUGUGUGGCGCACCUGUAAAGAGCGAGACACGGGGCAGAAAGCCGGGCUCUUUUUUUGUUUCAUUAUUUGAUUCCUUUUUCUUUCUUCUGUUGGCUUUGUGUUUUUUUUUAAUCUUCCCCCCUCUCCCUUCCUCCUUCUCCCUUUUACCUUUUUGUUUCGUGCAUUUGCUGAAACGAUAUCAUUCCUGUUUUUUGUUUUUGCUUUUUAAUUUAAUAAAACAUUUUAUUUUUCUCAUUUUAUCUCGUUUGUGUUGGCUUUUUUUUGGGGGGGUUAUGUUUCCAAGUUUGAACUAAAAAAAAAGAGAGAGAAAAAAAAGAGAGCGCGGAAUCCACAUCAUUUGACCAGGUGUUUCAUUCAGAGAUUGUUUGCCCCAAGGACGCCCCUAACUUUCGUUUAUAGAAACGACGACAACUCCGAACUAACAUGGCAGUCAGACUGUGCGAUGUGGCUUCUCUGCUUAGAAGUGGUUCGUGGGCGCCUGAGCCUUGGACUGGGCAGGUAAUUGCGACCAUGGAAACACAGCUGUCCAAUGGGCCAACGUGCAACAACACGAGCAAUGGUCCCUCGACUAUUUCAAACAACUGUUCUUCACCAGUAGAGUCGGGGAGCAUAGAGGACAGUAAAACUAACUUGAUAGUCAACUAUCUGCCUCAGAACAUGACCCAGGAGGAGCUGAAGAGUUUGUUUGGAAGUAUUGGAGAAAUCGAAUCCUGCAAACUAGUUCGAGACAAAAUAACAGGGCAGAGCCUAGGCUAUGGAUUUGUCAAUUAUGUGGAUCCUAAAGAUGCAGAAAAAGCCAUCAAUACCUUAAACGGCUUGAGACUUCAGACUAAAACCAUCAAGGUUUCCUACGCGCGCCCAAGCUCCGCUUCCAUCAGAGAUGCAAAUUUGUACGUCAGUGGCUUACCAAAAACCAUGACGCAGAAAGAACUUGAACAGCUCUUCUCUCAGUACGGACGAAUUAUUACCUCGCGUAUCCUGGUGGACCAGGUGACCGGUGUUUCCAGGGGGGUCGGCUUCAUCCGUUUUGACCGGCGAGUUGAGGCUGAGGAGGCAAUCAAGGGUCUGAACUGUCAGAAGCCACCCGGUGCAACCGAACCCAUUACAGUCAAGUUUGCAAACAACCCAAGCCAGAAGACCAGUCAGGCGCUGCUGUCUCAGCUGUAUCAGUCUCCCAAUCGAAGGUACCCAGGACCCCUCGCACAGCAGGCACAACGUUUCAGGUUGGACAAUUUGCUGAACAUGGCUUAUGGAGUCAAAAGCCGGUUCUCCCCCAUGGCCAUUGACGGGGUGACCAGUCUGGCUGGCAUCAACAUCCCGGGGCACGCAGGGACCGGCUGGUGCAUCUUCGUCUACAACUUGGCUCCAGAUGCGGAUGAAAGCAUCCUGUGGCAGAUGUUCGGGCCUUUCGGCGCCGUUACAAACGUCAAGGUCAUCCGCGACUUCAACACAAACAAGUGCAAAGGAUUUGGUUUUGUCACCAUGACUAAUUACGACGAGGCGGCCGUGGCCAUUGCCAGCUUGAACGGAUACCGCCUUGGGGACAGAGUUUUGCAAGUCUCGUUCAAAACCAACAAAACACACAAAGCCUAAAAAAACCCACUGAGAUUGUUUCUAGAAAACUCACCAAGGGAAAAGAAAAUGGAAGCAUAUUGACCGUAACUUUCUACAUUAGUAAAACAUCUUUGUAAUCCAUAUUUAGAGUCCAACAAUGUUUUUGUUUUUCCUCAUUGCAACACUUUGAAUCUUUUAAUUAGUUUAAAGCAUAAAAAAACCCAGCAGGAUUUAAAACCUGACAUUGAAUCUCGCCGUCUUCACAGAUGGAUCACCUACAGGGUUACUACAGUUUUCUUGAUUUUUCUUGCACAUUACUUUUGAUACCGUUAGUCUCGUAAGGUUAUGUGUUGUGAAUUUUCUUUGUGUCCUGAUUUGCCAUCGGUGCGUUACGCUUUGAGUGGUUAACAAGUACUUAUUUUGAGCAGUUUCUGUUAGUUUAUUGUACUGAGUUGGUAAUUGGUUGGCUGCAUAAUGUUGCUUCUUGUAAACCUAACGGAUAAAAAGACAAAAAAAAUUCUUAAAGCAGUACCUUGCCAAAGAGCUAAGAACCUCUUUGAUGUGGGUUUAAAAAAAAAAGCAUCUAUUUUUAUAAAAGAAAAAUUUGGAGAAACUUUUUACUGGACCUGGAACAAAAUAUUUUGACUUGGAUACUUUGAGAAAUAUCUUCAUAUGACACCUUGCGAGCUUUUGAACUUUAAAUGGAAAGUUUGCAGUGGUUGAUGUUUCUGGAGAGAUUUAUGAUGUAAAAGAUACCUUUUGAGAUCUUUGUAUUACCUUUAGAUUACAGAAUCGGCACCAGUGCUGGUUUCAUUUGUAAAUCAUCUUGUGGGUCCUCCUUCAUCCUAGUCGCCUGCUCGACUACAAACUCGCUUUUCUGAUUUUUAGAUUUGGAAACUGACAAAAAUAAAGAUAAAGAUUUAUUUGCUUCAAAAAAGUGCAUGCAAAAUUAUAGUAAGGAGAGAUCUUAAAAGGCUCUGGGGGAUUAAAAUCAGUUCUUCCUCUUAAGAUUUCCUUCAGAUGGAGCUCAUGGUGUUUUUGUGGUGUACCUACGGUAUCAUUAGGCGGAUUUUUGUCUUAAUAUCGACCAUUAGGGGUUUUUACAUACUUUGUAUGAAAGAUUGUGGAUAAGCUGAUGAUGGCAGCCGCAUUUAAAAAGAAAGUCCGAAGAAUCAAACGGAUAACUUCUGAGCUUUGAGCUUUGUAAAUAAGUCUUUUUCUUUUUUUUUUUUAUGUUGUAUUAAGCAGACCUUUUUUUGGUUCUAGGUUAGACUUUGUUGGAAAGUGUGAUUAUACCUUUUUUUUUUUUUCCGGAGUAUGUAAGAUAUUGUUUUUGAAGCCUUUAAUUUUCCUGAGGUUAAGAUUUUAUUUGUCGUCCUAUGGACUAGCAUUUCAGUGCAUCAAAUAUGUUGGUUGUUUGGUCUGUAGAUAGUCUUGCUUUGUUGAAAAAAAAAAAGUAUUAAAGUAUAGACAUUUUUUUUUAAUAUAUAUAAACAUUAUAGAUAUAUAUUUAUGUGGUAAAGAAUGGAUAUAAACCACAGUUUGAAAAUACUUUGAUUUCUUUCAUACUCAUAUAUAUGUAAUGCAUAUAACCUGUCUUUAAAAUCGUAAAAAGGUGUAUAUUGCUUUAUAGUGUUUGGGGAAGGACAGUGAAGCAGUUGCAAUAACAUCGACAAAAACAUUUAAAAAAAAAGAAAUUGGCUGCUAAAUUUUCUAAAACAAGAUCAUCAUGACCAAACGUCUAGAUGCACUGAUUACUGCACCUGCAUCCUGGUUGGUGUUUCAGCCAGUUACUAGUCAUGCUUCCCCCCUCGAACGAGCAGUAUGCUAUGCAUUAUAGAGUUCUUUGCAACUGCUUUUUUUCUUUAUCUAUUUCCUCCUUUUGUUGUUACUUGUAAAAGUUAAACUUUAAGUCAAGAUGAGUUGUGAUACUUGCUGCUGUGGGGGAGACGGGGAGCACAUUUUUCACGCCCGACUUACUACCGUUAAUCUUUUUUCAUUUAGAAACCUUUUGAUGAUGGUUUGGUCUUUGCGAAUUUUGCUGAUGGUCCGGCGUGAAAAACCGCUCCCUCCAAACCCCGUCUAUCUCACUACUUAAUGGGAUUAUUUAUUUGAAGUUGUAUAGUCGAACUUGGUUUACAGCAUUUUUGGAUAGGAAUAUCUUUUGACUAUUUAAGAGGAUGUACAUGUUCUUUACUUUGUGUUUGGAUACUUUGGAUUUUUUUCAAUGUUCAGUACAUCAAUAAAUAAGUUUGAAGGGCAAA